AUGGAGAAGAUGUCAUGUUGUGCCUUGGGCGGUCUCGAAGCAAAUCAGGCAAAGGCCGUGCGAACGGAGUUUCUGCAGGUCAAACCCAAUUUUGUGAGACGAAAUGAGGCGGACACACUCGAGAUUGGGUACAUAGUGCGCAUCUCCCACUGCAGCACUUCUUUCAAGGUCAAGGGUUCAAUUCGGCGUGAAGCCUAUCAAAUGUGGAGAGGCAUGGGCGUGAUGGUGCAAUGUGCGGUGGAAUGGCAUGACCGUGUGAGAGGUUCAGGCUAA